AUGUGGUCGCGUAAGCAAUCUGUGUGCAGUGCCGUCAGCGGUGCGUCGAGGGGCGAUGAUACAGAUCUCCCUUUUGCGGGUGGAGUCCGGCUAUACCCUUUUGCAAUAGCUCUAAGGGUCAGAGUGUUACAGAUUGUCUGCGGAAUCGGAGGACUGGUGGUUGGGGCGGUGGGAUGGUUGGAAGAGAAGCAGAAGCCGGCACUAGGUCUCGGAGUACCAACGGGGGCCAUCACAGUACUCGCUGCUGCCACAUCGGUAUACUACAGCCGAGGUUUUGGAGGCUGGACGUCAGCAAGAUCUAACACGACCAGGAGUUGGGGAUCUCCAUGGCGCGCACUCGGUCCUUCUCCGUGCUCAGCUAUACCACUGACCUUGCUGUGGACGGUUGCCAUUGGAGCUCACAUAGCAAUGCUCACGUUCUGUGUUAGAUCAUUAUUAAACAUUGGGUGUGGAAGCACGACCUGCAUAGGAGUGGCGGGGGCACAGCUUUCAGUCUCCCUCACGACUUUAGCAGCAACGCUUUUUAUGCUGCAGCUAGAUUUACGAUACGACGCGGCUCUGUCACCGCCGAGACAAUCAGACACACACAUCUGCACCGCUGUCUCUAUGGUUCCUCUAACGUCAGUAGCGAUCAGCAGCGGGCACAGCGGUGAUGCAGAUCCGAGCAGCCCACUCAACAAGGAGAAAGAGCUACCACCGCCAGAGCCGCCGACCUGA